UGUUGUUAAAUUUGAAUGAUAUGUUAGGAUCCUUUGGUUCUUCAUCAUCUCAAUCUCACCCUCAUCAUGAUGAAGAAUCUUCUGAUCAUCAUCAACGGCGUAGAUUCACCGCUACUACUACAACUAUCACCACCACCACCACAACGACCUCACCAGCUAUUCAAAUCCGCCAGCUACUCAUUAGCUGUGCGGAGUUGAUUUCGCGGUCCGAUUUCUCGGCCGCGAAAAGACUCCUUACCAUAUUAUCAACUAACUCUUCUCCUUUUGGUGAUUCAACUGAACGGUUAGUCCAUCAGUUUACUCGCGCACUUUCCCUUCGUCUCAACCGCUAUAUAUCGUCAACCACCAAUCAUUUCAUGACACCUGUUGAAACAACUCCAACUGAUUCUUCAUCUUCGUUGCCAUCGUCAUCAUUAGCUCUAAUUCAAUCAUCAUAUCUUUCUCUAAAUCAAGUUACCCCUUUUAUAAGGUUUACUCAAUUAACCGCUAAUCAAGCGAUUUUAGAAGCGAUUAACGGUAAUCAUCAAGCAAUCCACAUCGUUGAUUUCGACAUUAAUCACGGGGUUCAAUGGCCACCGUUAAUGCAAGCACUAGCUGAUCGUUACCCUGCUCCUACUCUUCGAAUCACCGGUACUGGAAAUGACCUUGAUACCCUUCGUAGAACAGGUGAUCGUUUAGCUAAAUUUGCUCACUCAUUAGGGUUGAGAUUUCAAUUCCAUCCUCUUUAUAUCGCCAAUAAUAACCGCGAUCACGAUGAAGAUCCUUCUAUUAUUUCCUCCAUUGUACUUCUCCCUGAUGAAACCCUAGCUAUCAACUGUGUUUUCUAUCUCCACCGCCUUUUAAAAGACCGCGAAAAAUUAAGGAUUUUUUUGCAUAGGGUUAAGUCAAUGAACCCUAAAAUUGUUACAAUCGCGGAGAAGGAAGCAAAUCAUAACCAUCCUCUUUUUUUACAAAGAUUUAUCGAGGCGUUGGAUUAUUAUACAGCUGUGUUUGAUUCAUUGGAAGCUACAUUGCCACCGGGUAGUCGUGAGAGGAUGACAGUUGAACAAGUGUGGUUUGGGAGAGAGAUAGUUGAUAUCGUGGCGAUGGAAGGAGAUAAAAGGAAAGAAAGACAUGAAAGGUUUAGAUCAUGGGAAGUUAUGUUGAGGAGUUGUGGAUUUAGUAAUGUUGCUUUAAGCCCUUUUGCAUUAUCACAAGCUAAGCUUCUUUUGAGACUUCAUUAUCCUUCUGAAGGCUAUCAACUCGGAGUUUCGAGUAAUUCUUUCUUCUUAGGUUGGCAAAAUCAACCUCUUUUCUCCAUCUCGUCUUGGCGUUGAGAAAAACUAUCAAAUAGCCAAGUUCAGAGGGUAAUUAAGACUACUGAUAGUUUAGGAGGGAUCUGAAGAAAACGCGUGAAGUAUAGGGGAAAGAAAACCCUAAAUAACAAGAUUUUCUAGUGAAGUUGUAGUAGUAGAAAUUUGCAUGGUGAAGGACAAUGAAUUGAGGUAUUGAAAUUUCAUGGGUUUUUUUG